AAAAUUAAAAAAAAAUUCUUAAGUGAAAUUUUGAAAAAAAUUUAAUUAUAAAAAAAAAUUUUCUUUUCAUUUUAAAUUUUCUCAAUAAAUUUUUGUUUCUUUUGUUUCCAUCUCUUAUUGUGUCGAUUUUUAGGGAUUAAACAAAAAUUUGAUUAAAUAAUUGCAAAAUUACAAAAGAUAUGUGCUAAAAAGAAAAUCUUAAAUGCAUUAAAGAAUCAACCAAAGGACUUAUUUAUAUAUAAAAAAUAUAUUAUAGCAAUUUAAAUUUAUAUAAUACAAAAUAUUUAAAUAAUAGAAAAAAAAAAUAAAAUUAAAAAACUAGUUGUAUUUAAUAAAGAUAUUUUUUCUAUAUUUGAAUACAAAAAAUAUUCAAAAAACAAAAAAAAACAAAGAAGAAGAAAAGAUUAAUUUUAAAAGCAAAAAAAAGAAAAUCAAAGCCAUUAUAAAAUAAAAACACUUUUUAUUAAUAUAAUCAAUAUUUUAUGAAAAUAAGGGAUAGAGAUAAAAAAAAAUAAAAAUAAAGAUUAUAUAUACAUAAUAAUUAUUGAGAGCCUUAGAAAAACUUAUUAAAUUGCACUGUGCGUAUCCGCCUUAAAUGUAAAAAGAAAAACAAUAUAGAAAGAGAAAAAAAAUUUGAAUUCAUUUUUUAAAAAAAAAAAAAGGAAAACCCAAGCUUAAAAUUUUAUAUUUUCCCGUUUUGUUUUUAACUUUAAAAUAAAAAUUAUAACAAUUUUUUUUCUUUCAAAUCAUCUUAAUUUAAAUAUAAAUAUCAUUUUACAAAAAUUUAAUAAAACAAAUAAUAUAAUAAAAAUAAAAAAAAUCUAAACAUAUGAUAAAAAAAACACAUACAUAUAAAUCAAUAAAACAAUAUCGAAAUACAAAAGGAUAUCAUCAAUAUCAUUAAAAAUAAAAAAAUAUUCAAAUAAAUUCAAUUUAAAAGAGAUAUCAUUAAAAAUAAAAGGAUUGCAUAUCACGCGGCAAAAUAAUUUAAACAAGAUAUCAAAAAUUUCAAAAAUUAACCAUAAAAAACAAAAAUUACUUAAACGUCAAUUCGAACGAUCGUAUUUUGUAAAAUAAAAAUACAAUUUAAAAAGUGUGGAAACAACUUGUUGAAAUUAAUUGACAAGAGAACUAAAAUACAAAAACCAAAAGAAAAAAAAAACAAAAGUAUCAUAUUUUUUGUAACCUCAAAAAGGGAGAAUUAUGAGAGAAAGAAAAAUUGUUCACACAUAAAAAGAAAAAAAAAAAAUUUUUUUAACCACGAAAUUUUUUUUCUCAGAGAAAAAUUUGUUUUGUUUUGAACUUUUUCCUCGUUAUUAUCAAAACGACACAAGUGUUGCCAAAAUAAGAAAAUUUUAAAUUUUCGAAAAAACUUUACUUUCUCAUUUUUCUUAUUUUCAAAUAUUCAUUAAAUUAUUUCCAUUUUGUUUUCAAAAAAAAAUUUUUUUAAAUUAAAUAAAUAAAUAGAAAACAGAACACAAAAUAAAAUAUUUAAAUAAAUAAAUAAAAAAAAGGAACAUUUAAAAGAAAAGGAGUAAAUUUAUUUUUAGAUGCAAUAUUGUAACAAUAGUAGUAACAUUACUGGAAUGGCUACUUUGUUACAACAAAAAAAUAAUUGUAUGAAAACAUUAAUUGUUAAUAAUAGUGCUGUUAGUGUAGUUAAUAAUAAUAAUAACAAUAAUAAUAAUAAUAACAAUAAUAAUAAUAAUAUAAAUAAUAAUAAUAUUAAUGGGACAAAUAGUGCCAAUAUAAAUUCUACGUUAAUAACAACAACAAAUAAUAUUAAUGGCGGUAAUAAUAAUAGUGGAGGUAUAUUAAUUGGUAAUACAUUUUUAUUAACUGGUGGACCACAACAAUUACAUCAAUCAUUAAGUAAUGGUGCAAUUAUACAACAAUUUCAACAACAACAACAUAAUCUUAUUACAUCACCAGUCACUUUACACCAUUUUAAUCAUCAUAAUUCAGGUAUUAUUACAACAUCAUCAGCAGCAACAGCUGGAAAUAGAUUAUUAUUACCACAUGAAAUGGUACAUAAUUCAUCCAUACCAACAACAAUUAUUAAUACAACAAAUAAUAUGACUAGUGGUAAUAGUCAUCAAUUAAUAUUACAUCAGCCACAUCAACAUCAUCAAUUGUCUGGUUUAAUGUCAACAACAUCAAUAGCAUCAACGACAACAAAUGAUGUAUCAUCAUCAUCAUUACCUGCAGCAAUAUCAACAUUAGUAACAACAUCAUUGCCAGCACAAUUUGAUAAUAAUUAUAAUAAUUUUUCCAAUACUAAUACAAAUAAUAACAAUAAUAAUAAUAAUAAUAGCAAUAAUAACAAUAAUCAACAACAACAACAAAAUCAACAUCAUCAUCAUCAAAGGAGCCAUAAUACAAUUAAUAGUCAAUAUUCUUCUACAACUAUAGCUACAACUGCAACAACAAAUCCUAGCACUAGAUAUUUUUCUCAAUUUAGUAAUAAUACUAAUAAUAAUAAUAACAAUAAUAGUAAUUUAAAUGGUAGUAAUAAUAAUCAUAGUUUAAUAACCGGUAUUAGUAAUUUAAAUAAUUCCUUAACUAAUCAUCGACCUCAUCAACAACAACAACAACAACAACUUCAUCAUCAUCACCCUCAUCAACAACAAUCACAGCCGCAGCAAGCACUUAAUAAUUCUACAAUCAUUAAUUCAUCACCUUCUAAUAAUGUAAUUAGAACUGGCACAACUGGUACCCUAUAUAAAUUACAACAACAUCAACAACAACAUUCACAUCAUCAACAAAAUUUACCACCGAAUUCAUUAGCACUUCAAACAAUUAAUUCAAUUAAUAAUCACUAUAAUAACAAUAACAAUAUUAAUAAUAAUAACAAUAAUAGUAGUAAUAACAAUAAUAAUAAUAAUAAUAAUAAUAAUAAUAAUAAUAAUAAUAAUAAUAAUAAUAAUAAUAAUAAUAAUAAUAAUAAUAUUAAUAAUAAUAAUAUAAUUGGAGAUAUAAACAAUAAACCAAAGCAAAACGGUGAAAAUAAUUGUAGUACAUCAUCGACAUCAUCUUUAUCAUCAACAUCGUCUACUAUUGGAACAAAUAAUGUAAAUGGUAAUAAUGUUAAGUUAAAUGAAAAUAAUGCAAAUGGUGCUGUUAAUAGUAAUAAUACAGGAUUAAAUCAAAUUAAUGAAAAUAUGAUAGAUAAUGAUAAUAAUAGAAAUAACAGUGCUAAUGUUGAUAGUGCUAAUGAUGGUGGUAUUAUAAAUUCUACAACAACAGAAACCACAAAUAUAGAGGAACAAGAGCCAGAACCAGAAAUUGAUAUAGUUAUAAAUAAUGUAGUUUGUUCAUUUAGUGUUAGAUGUCAUUUAAAUUUACGCGAUAUUGCGUUAAAUGGUUUCAAUGUUGAAUUUCGUCGUGAAAAUGGUAUGGUUACUAUGAAAUUACGACGUCCAUAUACAACUGCCUCAAUAUGGUCAUCAGGGCGUAUAACUUGUACUGGUGCUACAUCAGAAGAUCAGGCUAAAAUUGCUGCGCGCCGAUAUGCUCGUUGCCUUCAAAAAUUAGGUUUUAAUGUUCGCUUUCAUAAUUUUCGUGUUGUUAAUGUAUUGGGUACAUGCAGUAUGCCAUGGGCAAUAAAAAUUGUUAAUUUUUCUGAAAAAUAUAAAAAGGAUGCUAGCUAUGAACCAGAACUACAUCCCGGUGUUACAUAUAAAUUAAGGUAUCCAAAGGCAACAUUAAAAAUAUUUUCAACUGGAAGUAUUACAGUUACUGCUGCUAGUGUUGCACAUGUACAAACUGCUAUUGAACAUAUAUUUCCAUUGGUAUAUGAAUUCCGUAAAAAACGCACUCCACAAGAUUUAGAAUUAUUACGUUCCAAACAAGAAGCAGCUUUAGCACGUCAACAACAAUCUAUGGGAACAACAUUUGUUGAAGAAGAUGAAGAAGAUGAAUUUUUACAUUCUCAUACAUUAAAAUCAAGCAGUAGUAGCAAUAAUCAUGGCAGUAAUCGUGGUAUUAAUAGUGUUGGUGGUAGUAAAAGUGGAAGUAGUGGAAUUGGUAAUAUUAAUCGUGGUAAAAAACGUAAAUUUCCAGCAUAUAUGUCAGGUGAUGGUGGUGAUAUUAAUGAUAAUGAAAAUGAUAACGAUGACGACAUUAUAACAAGAAGACGUAUUGGUGAAAGUGGUGGUGGUACGGGUAGUAAUCGUAUUACUGAUGUUGAAGAUAAUAUUUGUGAUGGUAUAAUUAUUAGUGGAGAUGAUGAAGAUGAACAUCAAUUAUUACGAGAUAAUUAUGAAAUGAAACAUCAUCAUCAUGAUGAUUUUGAUGAUAUUGACGAUAUAAUUGAAGAAGAUGACGAUGAUAUUUAAAUUAAUUUUUUUUUCAAAAUUUAAAAGAAGAAAACUGAAGAAUAAUCUAAUUAAUAAAUAAAUAAAAAAAAUCAAAGCGUUCCUAUUUUUUUGGAUUGUUUGGUUUGAAA